CCUCUCGGAGCCGAGCCAGCCCUCCAGCGAGCCCGGGGCGCGCGCGCGGCCGGGCGGAGCGGCUCCCGGCGGCGGCGCGGGGCCGCGGAUGGCGGCCUGUCGGCGUGCCUCGUUCACGACACGGUCGAGGUGGUCCAGUUCGAUGACGAAGGCGGCCCAAGGACUAUCAGUCGAAGGACUGCCAGCCCACGGACUAGCGUACCGAGAUGUUCCGCGCGACAGGCCAAGUUAGACGUGGACAGCGGGACUCCUGGCAUCGUCGAGGGUCUCCAGUUCGACGUGGAGAUCGCAGGCACGCACGAUGCGAAGGCGACUGGAGGUAGCCGUAUUUCGGGGACGUUUUUGCCGCAGUCGCCUCUUGAUCGCCAGACGUCGUGGGGCACCUCUUCGACUUCAGAUUCCUUGCUGGAGACUCACUGCUCGAUCAGCAGCCUGUCCAAAGCCGCGCUGGACGACAGCGAGACGGAGGAGGUCGUCGAGGAGACCUUGUUCGCGAAGGCGGCCCAGAUGCGGCGCAUUCGGCGCAGCGUCACUGCCAACAGCGGACCAGGCCUUCCCUCCCACGCACUGCCAGCGACGACGAUGUCGAGGAUACUCUCACGGCGUCGAGGGCCCUCUCUCAAUGUGCAUACCAAUUGA